GUGAGCGUGUUGUUGAGCUGUCCAGCGGAAUUGACCGACCAUCGCGUUCUUGUCACCCGGUUCCCGUCCCCGUUAGAAGAUAGAGACAGCCUGCCACCAUGCAUAUCAAGGACGUGCUGGCGGAAGCCGAGAGGACCGGCGAGCCGUCCUUCUCGUUCGAGUACUUCCCGCCCAAGACAGCCCAGGGUGUGCAGAACCUCUACGACCGCAUGGAGCGCAUGUACAACUUCGGUCCCAAGUUCAUCGACAUCACCUGGGGCGCCGGCGGCCGCGUUGCCGAGCUGACGUGCGAGAUGGUUGUGCAGGCCCAGACGUACCUGGGGCUCGAGGCAUGCAUGCAUCUCACCUGCACCGACAUGGGCGAGGAGAGGGUCAACGACGCGCUGCGGAAGGCUUAUAAGGCCGGCUGCACCAACAUCCUCGCCCUCCGGGGGGACCCGCCCCGCGACAAGGAGAAGUGGGAGGCGACCGAGGGCGGCUUCCGUUACGCCCGCGACCUCGUGGCGCACAUUCGCAAGACGUAUGGGAACCACUUCGACAUCGGCGUCGCCGGCUACCCCGAAGGCUGCGACGACAAUCAGGACGAGGACUUGUUGCUCGACCACCUCAAGGAGAAGGUCGACAUGGGCGCCUCCUUCAUCGUCACCCAGAUGUUUUACGACGUUGAUAACUUCCUUCGCUGGGUCGGGAGGGUCAGGGAACGGGGCAUCACCGUGCCCAUCGUACCGGGUAUCAUGCCCAUUGCCACCUACGCCAGCUUCCUACGCCGCGCGAACCACAUGAAGUGCAAGAUUCCCGACGAUUGGCUGGCAAAGCUCGAGCCGGUCAAGAAUGACGACGUGGCGGUCCGCGACAUCGGCAAAACUCUUGUGGCCGACAUGUGCCGCAAGAUCCUCGCCGCGGGCAUCCGCCACCUACACUUCUACACCAUGAAUCUUGCCCAGGCUACUCGUAUGGUCCUGGAGGAGCUGGACUGGCUGCCGUCGCCAGAUCGCCCGCUGAAACAGGCGCUGCCCUGGAAGCAGUCCCUGGGCUUCGGCCGCCGCGGCGAAGACGUCCGGCCCAUCUUCUGGCGCAACCGCAACAAGUCGUACGUCGCGCGCACGCAGGACUGGGACGAGUUUCCCAACGGCCGCUGGGGCGAUUCGAGGUCUCCGGCUUUCGGCGAGCUGGAUGCCUACGGUAUCGGCUUGACGGGCAGCAACGAGCAGAACCGCAAGAAGUGGGGCGAGCCCACCUGCAUCCGGGACAUCGCCAACUUGUUUGUUCGGUACUUGAACAAGGAGAUCGAGUAUCUGCCCUGGAGCGAGGCGCCCGUGGCCGAGGAGGCCGAGGUAAUCAAGAAGGAAAUGAUCGACCUCAACAAGCGCGGCCUCAUCACCGUGAAUUCACAGCCAGCAGUCAACGGUGCGAAGUCGUCGCACCCGGUCCACGGCUGGGGCCCCGCGAACGGCUACGUCUAUCAGAAGGCCUAUCUAGAGAUGUUCAUCGCGCCCGAGCUCUUCCCGGAGAUCAAGCGCCGCAUCGAGAAUCACCCUGAUCUGACCUACCACGCCGUGACUAAGUCUGGCAACUUUGAGACGAACGCGCAGUCCGAAGGGCCCAAUGCUGUCACCUGGGGUGUCUUCCCCGGCAAGGAAAUAGUCCAGCCGACCAUUGUCGAGAGGAUAAGCUUUCUCGCCUGGAAAGACGAGGCGUUCCAGCUCGGCACCGAAUGGGCCCGAUGCUACGACCCCGGCAGCCCCAGUCGCCUCGUGCUGGAGGAGAUGAUGAACACCUGGUACUUGGUCAAUAUCGUCAACAACGAUUUCCACCGUGGACAGACUAUCUUCGAGGUGCUAGAAGGACUGGAGGUUCGGGACUUGGACAAGGUCCCCCAACCCCAGGUCAACGGGACCAAGAGCCCGGCCGCUGACCCCACGAACGGCGCCGAGACAUCGGCCUAGUAUAUUACCAGGACCUCACACCUCGCUCGCCUCGUAGUCGAGCUGGAUCGCUCAACCAAGCCAGCUGGCAGCCGCGACGAGAACCUUCUUUUUCAACCCUUUUUCAUGG